AUGAACGCCAACAGCUUCUGGGGCACGAUCGAUCAGCUGCUGGGACGUGAGGCCCAAAAGCAGAGCGGUCAGGACUCGCUAAAGGUAGCCGGGUGGCUUUCAGCGUACGCCGGUGUGCGUAAGACGACGCCUCAGGGCGAUGACACCGCAGGCUACGGUAGUGACGGUUUCAGCGGGCUUCCCGGCAGGACUGCUAGCUUGCCAUCGAUUUUCCCAACCGGCAACCAGCUGAUCCACUCGGACCAGGACGGCUUCAAUGGUGACUUGGGCCCCACCGGCAAUGCCACAGCGGGUGGGGGAUCGGGUGAGCGCAACGGCGGGGGACGGAAGAAGGUGCGCUUUCGAAAGGCAAAGCUUCAGCAGCUGUACGACGUGGAAGUGCUGCCGGUCGAGUAUAUGGGGCCAAAGAUCGAAUACAGUGUGAACCUGCCCCGGGUGACCGCGCAACUGGAGAAGUUGAUGGGCACGAAUGUGGUCCGGUUGACGGAUCGCAAGUACAUGCAGGAGCUGCAACGCCGCAUCCAGGAGGACUACAAUGUGACGCUGGAGAAGCGUAUCAGCGAGCGGGAGCACCGGGAAUGGCAACGCCAGAAGCAGCUGAUCCUGGAUGGGAAAUACUCCCUCGAAAACUGUCCCCGGCCAUUGGUGCCGCUACACAGCAUCGUUCUGGCGAAGGAAAUCGAGCGCGAACGGAACCUGAUCCUUUCGGGGGCAGGCGACAGCAUCCCGGAGGAGAUGACCAGCUCGGUGUUUCUCGUGAACCAGAAAACGAACGUACACAUCUUGAACAAGCGCGAAAAGCUGAAGACGAUCCGCGAGAAGAACGCCGAGCGGCUGAUCAAACAGGGUCACCGGUGGGAACGCGAGCGUUUGCAAAUGGAGGAGCAAAGCCGAGAGCGCGAGAUCGAACAGCGCACCAAGCGUGAGGCCUUGCUCGAACAGGAAAAGCUGUACAUGAUCGAGGAGAACGAUCGCUCGCUAAACCUGCUACGGACGCGCACCAAGAAGGGUCCUAGCCGGGACAUGAAUCUACGCUCGUUGUUGAUGCAGCAGCGUGAGGAGCUUGGCCGUACGAUCCAGAAGCGUGACUUCGAUCUACAGGACGAUCGAGGCACUGGUUCUGGGUCGUGUGGAGAGCACGAUGGACGGUCAGAUCGACGAGGCCGGGGAGCGGGUGGACGGAGAGGUACACGCAAGCAACACCGGCUGGUGCAACGUCAGCAGGAAGUGAACGAGUACCAGGAAUCAUCCUCACCCGAGGAGGGCUACAUCUCGAUGAACAAUGCUGACUCACCCGAGGGUCUCGAGACGACGAUCGCGAUUAAGGUGGCGAAGGGCGCAAGUCGGGACUCGGGUGACGAGUCGGAAGAAUAUCAGGAACCAGGUGGUGGGCAGGUGGUGGAAGAAGAAGAGGAAGCGGACGAAGAAGAAGAAAGACAGCAACCGGGGACGACGGAGCAGAAGCAGCCGUUACAGGACGAUCCGUCGGAGGUGUUGCAGGAGCUCGAGCUGUCGGAGGCGGAGCGUGAGGCGGCCGAGGAGGCGCGGUUGCGUGAGGAACUUGACCGGACGCUGAUGGAGAAGAAGAAGGCACGUCAGGUGCGGAAUGAGGAUCCAAAGAUAACGAAGCUGAAGGAUGCGGAUACGGUCGCUGACAUUUACAACGUCGCGGACGAGAUCAUCAUCCUGGAGAAGAAGAAAACGAAGAAAGCAUUCGGGAAGUAAGCCUUCUCCACUUUGCCUCACAUGCCCCCACCCCCCACCGAAGCCUCGAGUGCCAUGAAUGAGAAGGAUGCGCGCCUGCCUUUUUUUGGCGCCUGCGAGCUGUGCCUGUGAUGUCGAUGGUUUGCGGCGUUAGGAUGGUGUUUUAGUGAAUUGUUCGAUUGUGUGCGACGCACUUUGUGAUAAAAU